CUGCUUUAUAGACUAAGUCCCAAACUCCGGAGGUUUCAGACACUCGAAUUAGUGGUUGUAGUGAGGACACAAAGGGCCUUAUCCACCAUACAUACACGAUUCCCAUAAGAUCGACUGCAUAUAGAACAAAAUGCCUUUCAAACCCGUUGAGAACCCAAAAUGCCCCAAAUGCAGCAAAUCCGUCUAUGCUGCUGAAGAACGUGUAGCUGGAGGAUACAAAUUCCACAAAUCAUGCUUCAAAUGCGGACUUUGUGGAAAAAUGUUGGACUCCACCAACGUAACAGAACACGAAGCUGAACUCUACUGCAAAAACUGCCACGCCCGCAAAUACGGACCUAAAGGGUACGGAUUCGGUGGUGGUGCUGGAUGUCUCAGUAUGGAUACCGGAGCUCAUCUCCAAGGGGAUGACAUAGUUGUGUCCAGAGCCCCACUUCUGGCUAAAGCCAUUGCAAAGGCCCCUGAAGGAGAAGGUUGCCCCAAAUGUGGCGGCUAUGUCUACGCUGCUGAACAAAUGCUCGCACGUGGCAGAGGUUGGCACAAAAUAUGUUUCCGGUGCAACAACUGCGAUCGAUGGUUGGAUUCCACUUCUCAUUCUGAUGGACCAGAUGGAAUGGUAUAUUGCAGAGCUUGCUAUGCUCAACGCUACGGCCCACGUGGAAUUGGACACGCAGGGGGGCUUUUCCUAGGGCUUAUGUCUGAUGCUUUGGAUCUUGAAUGGCAGAGCGAUCAAGCUCCCAAAACUACUCUGGUCGAUACUACCACCAUCAAGGCCAAGCCAGGCCAAGGAUGUCCUCGUUGUGGAGGGGUAGUCUUCGCUGCUGAAGAGGUCUUGGCUAAGGGUCGUCAGUGGCAUCGCAAGUGUUUCAAAUGCAAAGACUGUACCAAGACUUUGGAUUCCAUCAACGCUUGUGAUGGACCUGAUAGCGAUGUUUACUGCAGAACCUGUUACGGCAAAAAAUGGGGACCUCACGGAUACGGUUUCGCUUGUGGAUCUGGUUUCCUUCAAACCGACGGCUUAACCGAGGACGAAAUUUCCGCAAGCCGACCCUUCUACAACCCCGACACGACUUCGAUUAAGGCCCCUCCUGGACAAGGUUGCCCGAGAUGUGGAGGAAUGGUCUUUGCUGCCGAACAGCAGCUGGCGAAAGGAACCAUGUGGCACAAGAAAUGCUUCAACUGUGCUGAAUGCCACCGUCCACUGGAUUCAGUUCUUGCCUGCGACGGACCCGACAAGGAAAUCCACUGCCGUGCCUGCUACGGAAAACUUUUCGGACCCAAAGGUUUUGGUUUCGGACACGCCCCCACUCUGGUAUGCUCCGAUGGUGCAGUCGCACCGGCUGUUCAUGACCCUAGACCCAACAGCGGCCCCAAAGCCGCCCCAGGUCAAGGUUGUCGCCGCUGCGGAUACUCCGUCUACGCUGCUGAGCAGAUGAUCAGCAAAAACGGAAUUUGGCACAAGAGGUGCUUCAGCUGUGCCGAUUGCAACCGCUCCCUGGAUUCUACUAUCCUUAACGAUGGACCCAAUGGAGAUAUCUACUGUAGAGGUUGCUACGGCAGAAACUUUGGUCCUAAAGGCGUUGGGUUUGGUAUGGGUGCAGGAACCCUUACCAUGGCUUAAGCUAUCGAAAUUGAAACAUUCUUAAUCAAUAGAUACGGAGGAUGCUGUAGUUCAGAAAAGUUACACUUCUUUAUAUGGAAUAGACGAAAUUGACUGAAACAAAAAGAGAAAAAACGUGAAAACUAAAAUCAUAUCACUCCGGGGAUCUUAUUUAUUGUUCUUUCAUUCGUCUGUAAUAGUCGAGAACAAAACGAUCUAAAGAAUACCCUUCUGUUCGUAGUUGGUUAAGACUGUCUAAAAAUAAACAAGCUUGCAAGUCGCAAGCAACUAAUAGUAUUUAUGCUUUGGAGCGCAUAUUUUUUUGAAAGAAUUUUUGGAUGUCGUGUUUUUAUUCCAUUUUGUCUGUGAGGGAAAGAGAGAGAAGUGAAAGAUGCUGGAUUCUGGUUCCGAUUGCCAGUGAAGAACUGCUAUGUCUAUCAGCAGAAUACUUGUUCAAAACAAAAAAUCGAAAAAUCAAAUGAUGAAUCAAAAAUAGGAAUAUGUGUUUUGAUUGAUAGAUAUGCCAGUUGAUAUUUUAUAGACAAGACUUCCUCGAACGACCAGGAAAACCUGGGAAUUUUUUGUAUAUAUAUACAUCGGCCAUUUUCAUGGUCUAUCGACAGCUUCACGCUUUUGCAAAAGUAAUAUUCAUUAAUGUUCAUGCUGAUGAUAUAAUAAUUUAUGAUAUUUUUUGUCUAGUUGUAACUCAUAAUGAAAUGUUAUAAUAAAAUUUCAAAAAU